AUGCGGUCAACAACCAAUUCUCUUGUGCUGGAGCCGGCCACCCCGGAAGACGUCCCCGCCAUUACAGAGCUAUGGUUCGCUGCCUUCACUCAGCCGGUGAUUGGGAAGCUAUUCCCCAACACCCCCGGUAUGCAUCAAUGGCACCGGGACUGGCACCUUGACAGCUUUCAGACCAGGCCCUACCAAAAGUACUUGCGAGUGGUUGACACCGAGUCGAAGGAUGAACACGGGCGACCGCGGCUAGUUGCAUUUGGCAAAUGGGAUCUCGCCAUGCCCGACGAGCGAGGUCGUCGCUUCCCGCAAUGGCAUGCGGAUUCGCCUUACCAGGAUUGCGAGGACUUGAUCACAGGGCUGGAAGCGGAGAGGAAGCGCGUUAUGGGCGAUCAGAAGCAUUACUACCUGGAUACACUCGGUACUCACCCGGAUUAUCAGCGGCGCGGAGCUGGCUCUAUGCUUGUCCAAUGGGGCUGCGACUUGGCGGAUAAGGACGGCGUUGCGGCCUACGUGGACGCCAGCAAGGAGGGCGCAUCGCUAUACCAGAGACACGGAUUUGUGGAUUUCAGUCCUUCUGGCGCUGAAGUGGCCUCGAUGGCUCGCGCUAAAAAGACUGCAUGA